GGUGUGAAUCGCAACGAGCAAUCUAUAUCUGACAUGAUUGACAUCAUUGAGAAAAAUAAAUCAAAUAUAAGGUUAUGUUAAAGUAUUCAACAAGUUUGUGAGUUUUUAGCUAAUCUUUUGCUUAUAAUCCAAAAAAGAAUAGAAGUUACAGGUUUCACAAAAUGGACAAAUUUGUUAAAAAGAACAUUAAGUUUAACAAAAAGUUAUUGAAUAAAUUGAAAAAGACUGAACAAUCGGGAGUUGCUAUUCGCAAUGUAAUACAACAUUUGGCCAUACAUCCUUGCCAAUUAAAGAAUUUUAAUGACUCUGUUAAAGAUUUAUUAAAUGAAAAAUUGUCCAAAUAUAGUAACAUGUGCAAUGGAAUAUUAUUAGGCUAUCAAAAUAUGAAACUACUUCAAGACGGCGGUGCUAUUCAUAAUGACUCCUGCUACAUUCAUUUCGAUAUCCAAGUAGACUUUUUUGUGUUUAAACCAGAAAUUGGUAAAAUAAUGCAAGGCAUAGUUAAUCGAAAAAGUAAAGACCACCUUGGUGUACUAGUUUAUGAGGCUUUUAACGUUUCCAUUCCAACUUACAAUGAAGAUGACGACAGUACUGUGGGAACUGGUGUUAAUAUUGGUGAUGAAGUCACUUUUCAAAUACUGUUGAUUGAUAUGUCAUCGUUUUUACCAUAUAUUAGAGGAAAAUUAAUAUGCGAUCCUCCAAACUUGAAGUCUGAAGAAAAUUCAAAUGAUGAAGUUCAAGAAAUGAUCCCAAAUGAAAAACCUAAGACCAAAAAGAAGAAAAAGAAAAAAGAUAAAGAUAUUGAAUAGGUGUAGAUAAUUAACAUUUUUGGAUUAAAAUACCUAAUAGGUCUGUUCCAACAACAAUCAGAAAUCAGUCAUUGAUACCAGGAUUCUAUGCAGUAGAUUAUUAGGGCCCCAAAUUUUGAACUGCACAGACUCCUGGGGCCAAUGACUGGUUUCGUAUUCUUGUUUUUUUAAUAUUUUAAAUACAAUUAUUAAUUCUGAUAAUCGUUCCGUUCCAUGGGUAACCAGCAGUAUUGUCAGAAUAUAUUUUUAUUAUGUACCACGUUUUUAAAUUGUGAUGUGGUUUGGUUCAUUGAGGAGCAAACAAACACCUUUAUAGCGAACGAAAACAAAACAAAGGAGGAAGAUCCCAAGCCAAGAAUAUUUUAUCCACAAAGCAUCAAAUGGUAACAUGCUGAACAAUGCUUGGAAUGUACUAGAGAACCAGAUUCUUAGAGAAUGUACUAGAUCUAGUACAAUUGUACUAGACUGGUAACCAUGGUCAAAAGUGAUAGCUGACAAAUUAAAGAUGUCUAUAUGUAUUAGGAUGUACCAAUACUUUAUAUUUUGAUAUUCGAUGUCAGAGUCAUAAUAUCAUAUCAAAAGUCUGACUACAUAUGCAAGACUUUUUACACUAGUGCAAUGUUGGUCAUGAAAAAAACUUCAGAGUCAAGGAAAAAUGAGAUAUGCUCUUCUCUAUAGUCUAUGAAACGAUAUCAAUUUGAAAAUUUUAGGAAAAUCAAGCUCUAUAAGUGGAAGAAGCCUUAUUGAUUUUGAAAAAAACCUCAAUAAAAAUGGGUGGUUAAGGGAGGUUGACACAUUAAAAAAAUUUCUAACUUAAAAAUGAAAAAUGAUAUCGACUUGAAAUUUUUAGCAAAAAUUUAGCUCUAUAAGGAGACAAAGUUUACUCAUUUUGAAUAAAAAAAAUUCAUAAAAAAUGGGCUUUUUUGAAAUUAAAAAAAAUAAAUCAGAAAAACAAAAAGUGAUAUCAACAUGACAUUUUUAGUACAAAUUAAAGCUGUAUAAGAAGAUGAAGCAUAUUGAUUCUGAAUAAAAU